UAGCUAGUAGUAGUAGCUUAUUGGGUAUAACACCAUAAUAAGGUUUUCUGAUGGGUUCGGAUCAACCCGUUUUGUUCUGAUCAAAUCUCCAAAUUCGUUGAUGCCGGAGUAAGAGUGAGAGUGGCAUGGCGGAGGAGGCAUUGGCCAUAGCAGAAGGGAAAUACACAUACGUACACGAAGUGGGUAAAGGCCCACCUGAAGCCAUUGACGCCCACCAUAUUGUGGUUCGAAGGAGUAGAGAAAAGGGUUCCAAUUUAUGCCUCUUUACUCUUCUCCUUUUUGCCUAUCCCUCCUUCCUCGUAUUCCGGCAGGGAAAGCUAGAUACUCUGCAUAUUUGGAGCUUAGUUAUCAUGGCAUUGCUCAUUAGGUUAUUUCUAAAGAAGCCAGUUAAGAAAGAGUCUGUUCUAAUUCUGCCUGCUUUUGGAGUUCAACUUGAGACUCAGUACGGAAGUGGGAAAACAGUUCGCCAGUUUGUCCCCAUUAGCAGGAUUUUGAAACCAGUGCUGACUGAAUGUGUCACACCAGUUACCUGUUAUUGGAGUCUGUCUUUGAUUAUUCGAGGGGAAGAAGAACUUAUGCUAGUUUUCAAGGAAUUGCGUCCGCCAGUGAAGAUGUUAGCGCCCAUCUGGAAGGCUUUAUGUGCUGCCAUCGAAUGUGGAGAAUGCACGGAGGCAAUUACAUAGAUAACACAAGAGAUUUCCUUAUACAAUUUUUGUCGACCUACUUUUCCUUUUAGAUUACCUUCCAAGUGCAGAUACCAAAGCUCCAGUUCCAGUUCAUCCAUAUCAAAAGUUGAACCCUCCCUACAAAGUACAAACACUUUUGUUUCUCUAAUAUGAUUCAUCUUUUUCUGCACAUAAAAUACAUCUUCUUCAACCUUUCCAAACAGGUGCUUCUAUAUUUUCAGCUGCGGGCACAUGUUACAUGAUUAAGCCUACAAUUUCUAAUUAUCUGCCCUUCACCUCCUUUUCUUUUUCCUAUUAACUUCCACUCUACAAAAGAUGUUCAGAAGCAGCAAGCACAAAGAGUCCACAUUGAGGAGGGCUACGAUAUCAUUCAUUCCAUUCCAGCAACAAAAUAUGGAGAAAAUCAUCAACGUUGGUCUAGUUGUUUGGAGGCAUGCACUUUGUUCCACGCUACAUGUCUCGGGGGAGUGGUAAAAAUGUGUUUUAACUUUUGAGUUGGGAGUGAAGAGUGAAGAUGGUGUAUUAUUUGGUACGUGUUCAAGAAUUUAUGCAAGUUUCGGAGCUUCAUCCACUCACCGCCAAUCAGCGUUUGACUAUGGAAGUUCUCUUCAAAUGACAUGACUUUUCGGCUCAAACAGUCGUUACAACUUGACAAGGAUUUUGCUACAUUCUAUUGUUUUGGGACAUCGGAAUGAUUGAUGACAAUUAAAAUAGAGUUUUACUUCUUUUUUUUAUACGACUUACUCCAUUAUUUAAAUUUUUAACUCAUAAAUCAAAACAAGUAACAAUAGCACAUGUAUAUA